AUGGUCAAACAUGUCAUGGGAGUUGCCCCAUACCCAUGCAUUGGAUCCUUCCGUUUCCUAGAGAUUACCAUCUAUAACUCCGCAGCAUACCCCGAAAUCCUAGCUAGAUUGAAAUCUGGCGACAAGUAUCUCGAUUUAGCUUGCGCAUUAGGCCAGGAUAUAAGACAUCUAAUAUUCAAGGGUGCGAUACCCUCGAACCUCUAUGGCUCAGACCUCCGCCCCGAGUUUUUCAACUUAGGCUAUGACCUCUUCUUCGACCGCUCUACCCUCAAAGCCACUUUCAUCGCCAGUGAUAUCUUCGACGACACGUCUGCGCUAUUGCGGCAGCUAGCCGGCAAACUCGACAUCAUAAACGCAGCCUCCUUCUUUCACCUUUUUGACUGGGACAGUCAAGUUUCCGUUGCGAAACAGGUGGUGAAGUUGUUACGGCCAGUGUCGGGCUCCCUCCUCGUGGGGCGGCAUUCGGGUAAUGUGCGGCCUGGGAAGCGGGAUGGAUCAGAGCUUCGAGGGCCAAUUUAUCGGCACGACACAGUGUCGUUCAGGAGGCUUUGGGAGCAAGUGGGACGGGAGACGGGGACAGAGUGGGAGGCUGAUAUUACGGAGGAAAAGUGGGAGGAUUUGCAGACUCACGCAGAUAGUGAUGAGGGCGCUUUCAAGAUGCAGUAUGUUAUAAGGCGGGUGUGA